AUGCUAUGGUCCGCUCACAUGACGGCAAUCAAACGAGUUAUACGUUACCUUAAAGGAACAUCAUUCCUUGGGCUAUUGUAUAAGCAAUUGGAGGCCAAAGUUGGAUUUGGAGAAGUCGGCUACUCUGAUGCCAAUUGGGGAAGUAACUUACUUGACCGUAAGUCUAUUUCCGGCAAUGUAUACUUAUUGGGCAGAGCCGCCAUUUCUUGGUCUGCUAAGAAGCAACCAAUGGUUGCAUUAUUGACCAUGGAAGCAGAGUACAUGGCAUUAUCACACGCAUGUACUCAGGCAAUUUGGUUCCGUCAAUUCUUCCAGGAACUAUAUUACCCAGCUGACGCUCCCACACUCAUACUUUCAGACAACCUUGCUGCCCUAACGUUAUCUGUUGAGUUGCAGUUCCAUGGUUGUUUGAAGCACAUUGACAUUUGCCAUCACUUCAUGCGCAAUACUAUUGAGAAGUGUAUGAUCUCUAUGCUGUAUGUGCCAUUGAACAAGAACCUAGCUGAUGCGCUUACUAAAGCCCUACCAGCACUGCAAUUUAAUUACCUGACAACGCAAUUAUGGGCAAACAGGUAUUUGAAGGACCCAAAGAGGAAGAAGCGGAUUAGUGAAACUGAAUGA